CUCGCCUUGUCCUGUUGAUUCGCCGUACUCCUGCUGCUGGUAGCGUGUUCAAGAAGAGCUCUCGUGGUUUUUCACCGGUUUCCUACAUGGGGACUCCAGUCAUAUUCAUCGCCAUUUUUCUCCUACAGUCAGUCCUGUCAUAUUCGGAUGACCUCUUCGAAAACUUUGACGGUACCUCGUUCGUCGCGGUAGAUGAUCCAGAUGUGGACGCGUACAACGAACGGAAACAGCAACGGAACGACAAGUUUCUCCGGUUCGGGAGACGAUUCUGGGACUUCGACAGCGACAACGACGGCCCCUUCGACGACAGCGAGGGGGCGCCCAGACCGCCGAGAACAGGAAGUUUUAGCAGCGAUCCCCAGCAGCGUUCCACCAGAGACAAGAGUAGCUUUCUACGGUUCGGCCGCAGCACGAACGAGGACAAGAAAAAACGUGCCAAACGAGCGACUUCCCCACCGGAAAACCUGAAGCGUCACGAAAACUACCUACGCUUUGGCAGGAACUCGAAUUUUAUGCGAUUCGGAAGAGCGCCCCUGUCCGUGGCGUACGCCCAUGGCAACCAGCAGCGUCCCAAUUAUUCCCACGAACUGAUGCAGAGACGAUUGCCGUUGGAUUCUCGUAACGAGCGUUUGCUCUUGAAUUAUCUGCGAAAUCUUAUGCAACAACAAUCGGAAGGAAAGGAAAUUAGCGAAAUGUAAGAAUAUUUCUAAAGUAAAAUGUAAGCGGCAUUAUUAUAUCAAGUGUAUUUUGUCUUAUUUGUCGGUGUUAUUCCUCUUCACACUAUGUCUACCUAACACGAACUGGCUGGAUUUUUAUUUGAUUCGAGAAUCAUAAAAAAUCGUUUAGCUAGACAUAACCACCACCAAUAAUUGGAUUUAAUAAUUUUUAUUAAAGGUAAUAUAAAAAUUGUUAAAUAUACAGGGUGAUUUACGGCAAUCGUAGGUUAGAUGUUUAUGGGUAACCGGUGAUAGAAUUUUUUUUGUAGAGUAUCAUUAGUAUUUUAAAUUUAAUAAAAUGGGUAUUAAUUAUUAAAUUAAUAAAUAUGGGUAUUACAUUCUAAAAACUACUUUCGUUUCUUAUAAUUUUUCUAGUAUACACCUCUGGUGACUUUUUUAGCUGAAAUUACUUAAACAAAGAAACAAAAAUUCAGUAUGUAGAAGCCUCCCCAAACACAAAAUCAUUAAAAGUUCAUUCAUUUUCUUUUUUCCGACUUUAGAAUAUGUGAAAUCAGUUACAUGAAAACCAGGGAAUGCAAUCCCGCUCCAAAAUCUCAAUCCCGCAAACCC